AAAUUCAAGCAAAGAUCAAUAAAUGCAUUGAUUGCUGUCUCAUAUACUUUAAUCGAGAGUCAAAAUAACAUCUGUCUGAAUAUUCUCUCCCCGAACACAUUGUACGAUGGAUAAGAAAUUAGUCCUGCUGUGUAUCAUAUGGUGCGUUUGCCUGGUAUGUAGCGAAGCCGAAACCACUACGGCGGGACCAGAUGAGAUGUGUGACUGCGACUGUGAGUACAUGGACAAGAUCGAGUCCUUUAACAACGCUUCUAACCCCUACAUCAACAAGACUCAGGAGCAGCUGCUGGUGAUGCUGGAAAAAGAGCUGAAUACGAUGAAGAGUCUGCUCGAGGUCCAGAAAAAGGAGAUACCUGCCGUCAAGGCCCGUAAAGUCAGCGCCACUGACGUCAGGCCCUCCGCUAAAAACGUGGGGAUGAUCGGAGUGGCUUUCAUGGCGUUUGUGUUUGGGGGAAUCGUGGUUCUCGACCUGAUUUCCCUGCCUCAAUAUUUCAGGACCCUCAAGAGGAACCUUUGUUAGAAGAUAACUCUUAUCAUCUCUGCUUUUUUUCUCGAUUUUAUGCACGUGAACUAUGCAUAUUCUAUAUACAUUUAUAAUAUUUGCAAACAUUUUUUCUCUGGUUGUAAAACAAAAUACAAUUUAAUAAAAACAAAUAAUUUAUAUGUUCAGUUAUA